CACGGCGGAAUGCCUAUUACAUCGACCCGGCAUGGUGUAUGCAUGAUUGAGAGUUUGGCUGCUCUACCAGGGAAUACAAGGCGGCGUCAUCAGGUGGCUGUUGUGAUCGCCGAUCACAUCGAUCUGGUUCGCUGUCUUGGCCGGUGAGGCCUCAGAGUUCUAAGAAGCGGAGACGGGAUCAUGGGAGGAAAGAACAAGCAGAGGACGAAAGGAAAUGCGCGGCCCUCGAGCAGUGGAAGGGCCGCAGACCUUCUGGCCAAGGAAAGAGGGACAAUUCCCGGCUUCAUUGGCUUUGGAUCAUCGCAGAGCGACCACGGCUAUGUCCCUGCCGUUCAGGGAGCCGAAGAGGUGGACAGCCUCGUUGAUGCCGAUUUCCGCAUGGUGCUGCGCAAGCUUUCCAAAAGGGACGUCAUCACCAAACUAAAAGCUAUGCAGGAGUUUGGUGUAAUGUGCAAAGAGAGAGAAAUGGAAACGGUUAGAGGUGUGCUCCCCUACUGGCCAAGAGUAUAUUGCAAGAUUUCUCUGGAUCUGGAUCGACGGGUCAGAGAAGCCACCCAGCAGGCAUUUGAGCAACUUAUCGUGAAAGUGAAAAAAUAUUUGGCUCCUCAUCUGAAAAGUCUAAUGGGGUUCUGGUUGAUUGCUCAGUGUGACACCUAUUCACCCGCUGCGAGUUCUGCCAGAGUGGCUUUUGAAGCUGCUUUCCCAACGCACAAACAACCCGAAGCUUUGGCAUUUUGCAAGGAGGAAAUAAUGAACGUCCUUCUUGAUCUUCUGCUGAAAGAAACACCAGAUACCCUAAGCGAUACGCAGACUGUACCAGUUGAAGACCGAGAAUCCAAGUACUAUCGGGUUGUCACCUGCUCUUUAUUGGCUUUGAAGAGGUUGAUUUGCAUGUUGCAGAGGAGCGAGAGCAGUUCCCUGCAGGAGAGGCUUGCUCACCUUCUGUCUCAGAGCAAAUUCUGGAAGUACAGCAAGCACAGCACAUCAAGUAUUCGCUCGGCCUUCUUUGAGCUAGUGUCUGCUCUAUGUCAGUACUCACCUGAUGUGUUACGGCCAGAAGCCCCCAGGCUGUGUCCGGCCGUACUCCUGAGUAUUGAUGACAGUGAUGCUGUGGUGUGCCCAGCUCUCUGGGAAGCAGUCCUUUACACCAUUACGACUAUUGAGGAUUGUUGGGAGCAUGUGAGUGUACAAAAGGGGGUUUUGCCCAAGCUCUGGAGCGUCCUGAGAGAAGGUGGCCGCGGCAUGGCGACUGUCACUUUUCCCAAUCUGCUGCCAUUCAUUAGCCGUGUGCCCUGUCAUAUCAUAAAGACACAGACAGACUUUUACAGCAACUUCUUUAACUCUUUAUGCCAAGGCCUGUCUAGUGAACGAGCUGUUGCCAGCCCUACAGAAUGUUCUGCCAUUAUAUCUGCCUACAUGGAAUGCUUGCGAUUUGUCAUGCAGGAAAAUGCUGGAGAAGAAGAGGAAAACAGAAAAGUCCAGCAAAUUCUCAUCUCUGACCAAUUAAUACCACUUAUUGACGCCUCUUUGAAAGACCCCAAACUUCAGAAUAGCCCGCUGUUUAGCCAAGUUGAAGAAACCAUCUAUUCCUGGGAAAAGAAAGCAGAAAGUCCAGGAUUGGGCGAUAAACCUUCCAGGAUACACACCACUUUAUUGUGUGAAUUUUGGGAGAAUCUGGCACAUAUAUGUGUGUCUCACGUGGAUGUGGUUGAAGCCGGGGAGAAGAAUUUAGCAGGUGUGUCUGGACUUCUUCAGGUGCUACAAGAUCCCAACUGUCCUUUGAAAGUGAACAAAAAGAAGAAAGCAAAAAUAAGAUUUAAAGGAGAAGAUGAAAAUGAAAGUGAUAGUGUCUCUCAUGCAUCAGAAUCCCAACCUGUGUCUAAAUUCAUUACUGAGACAUGUAGUUCUAAAGGCAGGGAUCCCCGUAUUGCUCAAUUAAGAGAAGGACGCCUUGAGGAUCUGGUGUGCAAGCUGGCUGAACUGAGUAUGGUCUACAUCAGCGAGCAAGGGUCACAGCGGCACCUGAUGUUCUUAGCUGCUCUGCUGAGCACUUUUCCUUCCCUAAGAGUGUUUCAGGUGCUUCUACAGCAAGGCAGCGAAGAAGAUCCCAAGAAUUUAAAGUCUUCUGAGCAGAACGUGAAACCUCAACUCAAAAACCCUGCAGUACAGUUCCUGUAUACAAAAUUAAUUUUCUGGUUCAAUGAAGAAAGCCUGGAAGAGUCCGACUUCUUGGUCGACAUCUUAUACAGUGUCCUGUUUUGCUGUGCGGACUUCUCCGAACGGAAACAUCUCUUGGAUGACCUGACAAAGAUGAAUUUGAAAUGGAGUGUUUUCCUUUACAUCAUUCAAAAGGCUUGCACAGACCCAGAGAAGUACUCUCUAGCUAGUGAUUGGUUAAAAGGGGACGUUCUGGGAGAGAGACUGAUCUGUUUGGCAAAUGAACUGUGCACCAGUGGGUUGACCGAUCAAGCGACCACGAGUGAGACAUACUGUUCAAAGAAAUGGGCUCUCUUGAGCCUGGUGUUAUCAGAGCAUGUUCACAAUGAAUAUAUGAUUGCUGAUGCCUAUGUUGAAAAAAUAAUUGAUAAGCUCCAUUCAGCUCUGAUGAAGGCCCGAAACCUUUCCAAAGCUGGCCAUCUUGAGCAGUCUGUGUCAUUCAUCUGUGAUGUUGCCUCAAAUUUCUUCAGCUCCAUAAAGGGUUGCUUACAGAUGCCUUCUGCUGAGGAUCUGCUUCUCACCAUCUUCCAGCUCUGUGCUCAGACCUCUGAUACAAGCCACAUGUCAGAAUCACUGCUGCUUAAGCUGAAGAAUACUUGGCUGGCCGGCUUACAUUCCCUUGUUUGCCAGUAUAAGAACAUGCCGCAGGGUAGCGAUUUCCUGAAACGAUCGGCACAAUGGGUCAAGGAUCAGAUUCAAACGUCACACCUUCAUGUGAAAAGCCUUCAGUCUUUAAUAUGCACAGUGGAUGAUUUGUAUGGUGCAGUCCUGGACUCAAGCCCGGCAGGAUUCAGUCUCCUGGCAGAGCAUACAGCUUCUAUGAUACCAAGCGUGGAGGCAUGGCAGAAGAUGUGGCAGGCCCUUUCUACCCAGUGGUUAAGCAAGCCGCUCUUGGAAGGUCGAUUAAGCAUGAAUAUGGAAACAUCUGGGACAGAUCUUAAAUCAAUCCCCAAAUCUUGGCUCCCCGGCCAUCUCUGCACUGCCUCUUUAUUAAGCAAAGUGGCCUUUCGAUUGCUGGAGAAGGAGCAACCAUUUAACGAGGAGGAAAUCACAAUGAAAAUAAACAUUACCGUUGCAGAAAUGCUGUAUUCCUUGCAGUGGUGUGAGGAGCUGGAGAAUCCCCCCGCGAUUAUUGUGGAGUGUUGUGAAAUGCUUUACUCACUGGGUGUCUCCCAUGAGAAGAUACUGGACCUCAGUGUACGGCUUCCUGGACUCGUGGAAGUCCUGUAUAACAGGUCCAAGGAAGAUGGCUUACUUUGGUCCUUAACUGCUAACAGAUUUAUCCAUAAAAGAGGCACGGGGCACCAGGAAAUUCUGCCAUUAAUCGAAGACACAGAAAAAUAUUUCCCUGUGACACAAGGCAACUUGCACACCAUUCAGAGCUUGGCUUCCUUCAUGUGCAAAGAGGAAAAGGAAGAACUUGUUGUUCAGUGCACUGCCCGACUCAUGACUUGCACUGCCUCCGCUGUGUCCUGCACAGAUGGAGGAUUUGGUUACCUUGCAAUAAUCAACUCCUGCUUAGGAUCCGAUUCAGAUGUGUGCCAGGAAAUCUUCCCCGGAGUUCUAAAAGUAAUAGUAUCAUGGAAAAAUGAACUGGAAGACAUAUUUCUCUUUAGCAGUAAUUUGCAGGAAUCCAGCCAGAGCCUGAUUGGCCUCAAUGUGGAAAUGAUCAGGUUUCUUUCUCGUCUUCUAAAAUAUUUGGCAUCUCCUGUGUCAUCUUUGGUGGACGUCGAUUGGGACUUUGUAAUGUGUUCCAUGCUGGCUUGGCUCGAGAGUGCAUGUGAAAGCUCCGCUGCCUAUCAUAUUCCUCUUGUUCGAUUGUUUGCCUGCGCAAGCUGUGACUUGGCCACAGAAAUCUCUCACUAUUUCCAGUCUGCCGCCAUGAGCACUACAGCGAGUCUUCCUGCCAACCUUAUCUCUGAGUGGAUUGAGUUCUUCUCUGAAGGAAUUCACAUGCUAAUGUUGCCCAUGUUGGUGAGAAUGGCAGAAGAGUACAAGGCUUCAGAGACUUCCCACAUGAGCUGUGUGCUGCAGUCACUGGGUAGAACGCUCGGUUACAUUUCAAAGGAGCAGCUGUUGAACCACAAGCUUCCUGCCAAGUUUGUCGCUGGACAGAAGACCAACCUUACUGACAGGCUGCAAAGCUUGCUAAACACUCUGGCUCCCCUCCUGCUUUAUAGAGAGAGAUCCGUGCAAAUCACAGUUUAUCAUCUGCUGGAUAAAAUAAUGGAAGACUUGCCUGUAUUUGAUGAUGAAGAUCUCAAAUCUUACGGGGAUGAAGAUGAAGAGCCUGCUUUAUCUCCACCUGCUGCACUGAUGUCUGUCCUGGCAAUCCAAGAAGAUUUGGUAGAAAGCAUCCUUAAAGUGGUACCAGUAGGCGAGUUUGCUGUUGUUGAGCCAUUAAAAGAGGAGUUCUGCUUUGUUCUUGGUUAUCUCCUGACCUGGAAGCUAACGCUCACUUUCUUCAAAGCUGCAUCAUCUCAGCUGCGGGCGCUGUACUCUCAGUAUCUGCGGAAAACCAAGAGUCUGAACAAGCUGCUGCAUAACCUGUUUAAGUUAAUGCCCCAUAACCCAGUCCUGCCAGGGCAAGCCAGCGAUGUACCCAGCAAGGACCCAAAGACUUUCUUUAGUGAAGAGCUUCAGCUGACAGUAAAGGGGACUGCCACGGUGCAGCAGGAGGUCCCGCACUUGGCUUGCUGUGUUUAUCACAUGACAUUAAAGGAUCUGCCAGCCAUGGUCAGGCUUUGGUGGAACGGCUGUGAGAAGAGGAUUUUCAACGUGGUGGACAAAUUCACCACCAAGUAUGUUAGCGGCGUGCUGUCCUCCCAGGAAAUCUGCUCCGUUCAGUCAAGCACACAAGUCUUUGAUGGCAUGACCGUUAAGGCCCGCUCAACUACCCGGGAAGUGAUCGCCACCUACUCUAUUGAUGACAUCUGCAUGGAGCUGAUCAUUCAGCUGCCACAGAAUUACCCUCUGGGUUCAAUCACGGUAGAAAGUGGCCGGCGGGUCGGGGUGGCUGUGCAGCAGUGGAGGAAUUGGAUGCUUCAAUUGAACACUUACCUCACCCACCAGAAUGGAAGCAUCAUGGAAGGCUUGGCCCUGUGGAAGAACAACGUGGAUAAGCGCUUCGAGGGAGUUGAAGACUGCAUGAUUUGCUUCUCUGUUAUACACGGCUCAAACUACUCCUUACCAAAGAAAGCCUGCCGGACCUGCAAGAAGAAAUUCCACUCCGAAUGCUUGUACAAGUGGUUUACGUCAAGCAACAAGUCAACGUGCCCCCUCUGCAGAGAGACCUUUUUCUGAGACGUUCUGUGGAAAUGUAUGAGAAGCAGACCCCCCCCCCCCCCCCGUGGAUUUGCUUUUGAGACCCACAUGCUGCCAUGUCGAUGAGCCCCUACGGACUCCUUUCCUGUCAAUCUCCCGUUUUCUUUCUAUUGGAUUCUCGGAGAACCCAGUCACUCUCGCCAAAUGGGUAGGUUGCCAUUAACGUCCUGUUGGAUAUGGCCAUGUGCAAUAGCCUUAGACUAAGCCACUCCUGCCUUCUGCAAGUGAAGCCAGCUGGAAAAACCUUUCUUUUAAACAUUGUUGGACAAAGAACAUUGGGCAGGUGGUAGAGCAGUUUUGCUAUAGGUCCCCUAAGGCCAGGAGUACUCGUGUCGUGCCCUUCAGCUACAGUCGGUGAUCCACGUGCAGAGCUACGGGACAGUUAGUGUGGCUGCAGACAAAUGGCUACUAAAUUUAUCCAUGCCCGUCAUUGCUAACUGCUUUCAUAGCUCAUCUGGCCUCAGCCUAAGGCUAGUUCCCUUGAGACUAGCCACAUCCUUCAUCUCCAGCCGCUCUUUGACAUAGGAGAGGUGUUUUCAGUUGUACCUUUCCAUUGCUACAUCCAGAUUCACUUCAUCUGCAGCAAGCCAGCUAAGAGAGAGAGUGAUAAAAAUGAGUAAUAAAAGAAUGUAUCGUGUUAAUCCAACAGUCAUGAAAUGAAUCUGUAAUAUAUUUUUUUAUUCUUCGUUUUACCUAAGGAGUUUGCUUCUUUCCCACCCACGCCAUGUUUGUUUGAGCCUAUCCAGAAAUUCCAGAAUUAAAGUGAUCAGUAUUUAAUGAAA